GUUACUGUGACUGACUUGGCUGUGUUACUGUUGAUGUGUAAAGAGAAAGCAAAGUAGCAUCCACCAUGGAAGUGAAGGAACGCAGACCGUACCGCUCGCUGACGGCUCGGAGGGACACAGAGCGGCGUUACACCAGCUCCUCAGCGGACAGCGAGGAUGGAGGGAAGGUCAACCCUAAAGGUUACAGCUCCAGUGAGACUCUGAAGGCUUUUGAUCAGGAGUCCAGGAUGGCCGCCUACGGCAGCCGGGUCAAAGACAUGGUUCACCACGAGGCAGACGAGUUCUGUAGGCCAGGAGCAGAUUUCUCUCUCAGAGACCUAGGUUUCGGGGAUCCUCUCCCUCCUCACGUGGCGUCAUACCGUGACGACCUGGGUCUUGGUUCUGGUGGUGGUUUGGGCAUGGGUCUGCCUCACCGUGACUACUCUGUGAGCAUGUGCUCGGACGCUGACACGGAGCCGGACGGGGUCAUGUCCCCGGAGCACGCUGUUAGACUGUGGGGUCGCAACACCAAGUCAGGACGCAGCUCCUGCCUGUCCAGCAGGGCCAACUCUAAUCUGACACUCACAGACACCGAGCAUGAGAACACUGAGAACGACGGUGUGUUUCAGAACCAUUCCUCUCGGCUGCGGACUCCUCCUCUGCCCCUGUCAAUGUCCCACUCUCCUAACCACCUGCACCAUACUGCCUCCAUCAACUCUCUGAACAGAGGCCAGUACACGCCCCGCUCCAACCCCAGCCCUGCCCCCACAGACAGCUCCGCCCCUCCUGAGGGCCAGGGGAGUGGCCAGGAAUCAGGCUCCGCCCACGACAACUGGCUGCUUAACAGCAACAUCCCCCUGGAGACCAGGCACUUCCUGUUUAAGCCAGGGGGGACGUCUCCAAUGUAUUGUACGACGUCACCGGGUUACCCUUUGACCUCCAGCACGGUCUACUCCCCGCCACCGCGACCGUUACCCAGAAACACCUUCUCCAGACCGGCGUUCGGCCUGAAGAAGCCCUACAAGCACUGCAACUGGAAAUGUGCGGCUCUCAGCGCCAUCCUCACCUCCGUCACCCUGGUGUUCCUGCUUGCCUACUUCAUCGUGUCCUGGUCUGUCUAUGACAGCUUCAUAGACAUGGGGGAGAUUGACGUGGGUCGUAAGGUUGCCCAGCAGAUACCCCCGGGAGCCUUCUGGAGGUCUCAGGUCUUCGUAGACCACUCCAUGUACCUCAAGUUCAACGUGUCUUUAGGCAAAGAUGCCCUGGUGGGGAUCUACGGCAGGAGAGGCCUGCCACCCUCUCAUACACAGUUUGACUUUGUGGAGCUGCUGGAUGGGCGGAGGCUGCUGUCUGGUGAGGUCGUGAGUGGGGGUGUAGAGGGGCCUGUGGCUCUGCAGCGCUCUCUGGUCCCUGUCACCACACACAACACCGGCUUAAUCCAAUACAUGGACUCUGGCAUCUGGCACCUGGCCUUCUACAACGACGGGAAAGAGACAGAAACUGUCUCCUUCAUCACCACGGCGAUAGACUCCAUUGACGACUGUCCCAGUGAUUGCCAUGGUAACGGUGACUGUGUGGCGGGAACAUGUCACUGCUUCUUAGGAUUCAGAGGCCCUGACUGUGGACGAGCGUCCUGUCCGGUGCUGUGCAGCGGGAACGGACAAUACCUCAAAGGGAGAUGCAUGUGUCACAGUGGCUGGAAGGGCGGGGAGUGUGAUGUUCCGACCAACCAGUGCAUAGACGUCACCUGCUCUGGCCAUGGGACCUGCAUCGUGGGGACAUGCAUCUGUAACCCUGCAUACAAGGGAGAUAAAUGUGAAGAAGUGGACUGCCUGGACCCUACCUGUUCUGGGCGUGGGGUUUGUGUGCGUGGAGAGUGCCACUGUUUCGUGGGCUGGGGCGGGUCGGGGUGUGAGAGCACCAGGGCAUCCUGCAUGGACCAGUGUUCCGGACACGGAGCCUUCCUGACAGACACAGGAACCUGCAGCUGUGACCCCAACUGGACCGGACAGGACUGCUCCACAGAGAUUUGUGCAGUGGACUGUGGUGGACAUGGCAUCUGCAUGUCGGGCACCUGUCGCUGUGACGACGGCUGGAUGGGCGCCGGGUGUGACCAGCGGGCGUGUCACCCACGCUGCAGCGAGCACGGCACCUGCAAGGAAGGGAAGUGUGAAUGCAGCCCGGGGUGGAACGGAGAGCACUGCACUAUGGCUCACUAUCUGGAGAAGGUAGUGAAAGAGGGCUGCCCUAGUCUGUGUAACGGGAACGGCAGGUGUACCCUGGGUAAUAACGGCUGGUACUGUGUGUGUCAGCUUGGCUGGAGAGGAACAGGAUGUGACACGUCCAUGGAGACGGCCUGCAGUGACAGAAAGGACAACGAUGGAGAUGGUUUGGUGGACUGUAUGGACCCUGACUGUUGUCUGCAGGCGUCGUGCCACACCACGGGUCUAUGCGUAGGCUCUCCAGACCCCCUGGACAUCAUCCAGGAGACACAGCUCUCCUCCACCCAGAACAAUCUGCAGUCCUUCUACGACCGUGUUCGCUUCCUGGUGGGACGGGACAGCACACACGUCAUCCCCGGGGCUAACCUCUUUGACGGCAGCCAUGCCUGUGUGAUUCGUGGACAGGUGGUGACAUCAGACGGAACGCCUCUGGUUGGUGUCAACAUCAGCUUCAUCAACAACCCUGCAUAUGGUUAUACAAUCACCAGGCAGGACGGCAGUUUUGACCUGGUGACCAACGGGGGCGUGGCCAUCGCCCUGCGCUUCGAGCGCGCUCCGUUCAUCACCCAGGAGCACACGCUGUGGUUGCCAUGGGGACGCUUCUUCGUCAUGGAUACCAUCGUGAUGCGUCACGAGGAGAAUGAGAUCCCCAGCUGUGAUGUCAGCGGCUUCACACGUCCAUCCCCCAUCUUGUCGCCCGCACCCCUCACCGCCUUCGCCGGGGCCUGCUCCGAGAGGGGGACCAUCGUACCCGAAAUACAGGCUCUCCAGGAAGAGGUUCCUAUCCCCGGGACAGACAUGGCGUUGAGCUACCUGAGCAGUAGGAGCCCUGGGUAUAAGUCCAUCCUGCGGGUGACCCUGACCCACUCCACCGUGCCCUUUAACCUGAUGAAGGUACACCUUGUGGUGGCGGUGGAGGGACGACUGUUCAGGAAGUGGUUCCCUGUUGCUCCUAAUCUCAACUAUAACUUCGUCUGGGACAAGGCCGAUGUCUACAGUCAGAAGGUCUAUGGGCUGUCUGAGGCCUUCGUGUCAGUAGGUUAUGAAUAUGAGUCAUGUCCAGACCUGAUCCUGUGGGAGAAGAGAACAGCUAUUCUACAGGGAUAUGAGAUCACAGCUUCUAACCUCGGAGGCUGGGCCCUGAACAAACACCACGCUCUCAACAUUCAGAGUGGUAUCCUCCACAUGGGGAACGGUGAGAACGUGUUUGUCUCCCAGCAGCCACCUGUGAUCGUCAGCGUGAUGGGUAACGGUCGGCACCGUAGCAUCUCCUGCCCCAGCUGCAAUGGAAUGGCUGACGGCAACAAGCUCCUGGCUCCUGUCGCUCUGGCGUGCGGCUCAGACGGCAGCCUGUACGUGGGAGACUUCAACUACGUGCGCCGCAUCUUCACCACCGGGAACGUUACCAGCGUGCUGGAACUCAGAAAUAAAGAUUUCAGGCAUAGUAACAGCCCGGCCCAUAAGUACUACCUGGCCAGUAGUCCUGUGUCUGGGGCUGUUUACCUGUCAGACACCAGCACUAGGAAGGUGUUCAAGGUGAAGUCUCUGAGCGCCAUAAAAGAUGUUGCCAAGAACCUGGAGCUGGUAGCUGGGACUGGAGACCAGUGUCUGCCCUACGACGAGACACGAUGUGGAGAUGGGGGCAAGGCUGUGGAGGCCACGCUCACCAACCCACGAGGUAUCACAGUGGAUAAGUACGGAGUGCUGUUCUUUGUGGACGGGACUAUGAUCAGACGAAUUGACCAGAACGGGAUCAUCUCUACCCUGCUGGGGUUCAACGACCUGACCUCUGCACGACCUCUCAGCUGUGAUGCUGUCAUGGACAUCUCUCAGGUGCGUCUGGAGUGGCCCACAGACCUGGCUGUCAGUCCCAUGGAUAACUCUCUGUACGUCCUGGAUAACAAUGUGGUACUGCAGAUCUCUGAGAACCACCAGGUGCGUAUCGUGGCAGGGAGGCCCAUGCACUGCCAGGUGCCUGGCCUGGAUCAUUUCCUGGUCAGCAAGGUGGCCGUCCACGCCACCCUAGAGUCGGCCAACGCUCUCGCCGUCUCUCACAAUGGCAUCCUGUAUAUAUCUGAAUCAGACGAGAAGAAGAUCAACCGUGUGAGACAGGUGUCCACCAACGGAGAGAUUUCAUUGGUGGCCGGGGCGCCCAGCGGCUGUGACUGUAACAAUGACGCUAACUGUGACUGUUACUCCGGCGACGACGGCUACGCAAAAGAUGCCAGAGUCAACGCUCCGUCGUCAUUGGCUGUCUCCCCUGACGGUGAACUCUUCGUCGCCGACCUCGGCAACAUCCGUAUUCGCUCCGUCCGACGGAACAAACCUUACCUGAACCCACUGAGCAUGUACGAGGUCUCCUCCCCGAUUAGCGAUGAACUAUAUCUCUUUGACUCCAAUGGCAGUCACAUCUAUACUCAGAGUCUGACCACUGGGGAUGACAUCUAUAACCUGACCUACUCCGGAGAGGGAGACCUGGCCAGCAUCACGGAUCAGAACAACAACGUAGUGACCAUCAGGAGGGAUACAACAGGCAUGCCUCUGUGGUUGAUGGUGCCUGAUGGACAGACUUUCUGGUUCACCAUUGGGACCAACAACGCCCUGAAGACCAUCGCUGCUCAAGGGCAGGAGCUGGCUAUGAUGACCUAUCACGGGAGCUCCUCAUUACUGGCUACGAAGAGUAACAACAAUGGAUGGACCACCUUCUAUGAGUAUGACAGCUAUGGCCGUCUGACCAACGUGACCUACCCUACUGGCCGGGUUAGCAGCUACCGUACCGACACAGACAGCUCCGUCAGGGUGCAGGCAGAGGGCUCCGGCAAGGAAGACGUCACCAUCACCACCAACCUGUCUGCUUCUGGAACCUUCUACAUGCUCAUGCAGGACCAAGUGAGGAACAGUUACUACAUCGGUCUGGACGGCUCUCUGCGUCUGGUGCUAGCCAACGGUAUGGAGGUGUCCCUGCACACGGAGCCCCACCUGCUGGCCGGGACGGUCAACCCCACGGUCAGCAAGAGGAACGUAACCCUGGCUAUCGACAACGGCCUCAACCUGGUAGAGUGGAGGCAGCGUAAGGAGCAGGCCCGAGGACAGGUGACUGUGUACGGACGACGACUCAGGGUCCACAACAGGAACCUCCUCUCCCUGGACUUUGACCGUAUCACACGUACAGAGAAGGUUUACGACGACCACAGGAAGUUCACGUUAAGGAUCCACUAUGACCACGCCGGACGGCCGACGCUCUGGGCCCCCAGCAGCCGUCUCAAUGGGGUCAACGUCACAUACUCCCCGGGCGGACACGUGGCCGGCAUCCAGCGAGGAACCAUGUCUGUACGCAUGGAGUACGACCAGAAUGGUCGAAUCACGUCGCAGAUCUUUGCCGAUGGGAAGUCAUGGACCUACACUUACCUGGAGAAGUCCAUGGUACUGCUCCUCCACAGUCAGCGUCAGUACAUCUUUGAGUUCGACAAGAACGACCGUCUCUCCUCUGUGACCAUGCCCAACGUGGCCCGCUUCACCCUGGAGACCACCCGCUCCGUUGGUUACUAUAGGAAUACGUACCGCCCCUCCGAGGGGAACGCGUCGGUACUGCAGGACUACAGUGAAGAUGGUCAGCUGAUGCAGACUAGCUACCUGGGCACAGGGCGCAGGGUGAUGUAUAAGUACGGCAAGCUGGCCAAGCUACUGGAGAUGCUCUACGAUACCACACGCAUCGCGUUCACCUACGAUGAGGCGGCAGGGAUGCUGAAGGUGGUGAACCUGCAGACUGAAGGAACCACCUGCACUAUAAGGUACCGUCAGAUCGGCCCACUCAUCGACAGGCAGAUCUUUAGGUUCAGCGAAGAGGGGAUGGUCAACGCACGCUUCGACUACGUCUAUGACAACAGCUUCCGGGUCACCAGCAUGCAAGCGGUGAUCAACGAGACUCCUCUCCCCAUUGACCUGUAUCGCUACGAUGACGUGUCGGGGAAGACGGAGCAGUUUGGGAAGUUCGGGGUCAUCUACUACGACAUCAACCAGAUAAUCACCACGGCCGUGAUGACACACACCAAACACUUCGAUGCCUACGGCCGCGUGAAGGAGGUCCAGUACGAGAUCUUCAGGUCACUCAUGUACUGGAUGAUGGUGCAGUACGAUAACAUGGGGCGCGUGGUCGCCAAGGAACUCAAGGUGGGUCCGUAUGCCAACACUACUCGGUAUACCUAUGAAUACGAUGCUGAUGGGCAGCUCCAGGUAGUGUCUGUCAACGACAAGCCACUGUGGCGUUACAGCUAUGACCUGAACGGUAACCUUCACCUGCUGAGCCCCGGGAACAGCGCCCGCCUCACGCCGCUACGUUACGACCUCCGAGACCGCAUCACCAGGCUGGGAGACGUCCAGUACCGCAUGGACGAGGACGGCUUUCUGAACCAGAGAGGGAACGAAUUCUUUGAGUACAGCUCGCCUGGACUACUGGUUAAGGUCUACAACCGGGUGAGCGGCUGGAGUAUCCGCUACCGGUACGAUGGUCUGGGUCGGAGGGUCUCAUCUAGGUCCAGUCUCGGGCACCACCUCCAGUUCUUCUAUGCUGACCUGUCCAGUCCCACCCGGGUCACUCACAUGUACAACCACACCAGCUCAGAGAUCUCUUCCCUCUACUACGACCUGCAAGGACACCUGUUCUCCAUGGAGCUCAGUAGUGGGGAUGAGUUUUAUGUAGCGUGUGAUACAAUCGGCACGCCGCAGGCCGUCUUCAGUGGCUCUGGCCUGAUGAUCAAGCAGAUCCUCCACACUGCUUUCGGGGAGGUGUACCUGGACUCCAACCCAAGCUUCCACCUCAUCCUGGGGUACCAGGGUGGUCUAUAUGAGCCCCUGAGCCGCCUGGUACACAUGGGCCGGAGGGACUAUGAUACCAUGGCCGGGCGAUGGACCACGCCGGACCAUGAGGUGUGGAGCAGGCUGAACGCCAACAACAUAGUCCCUUUCAAUCUGUACAUGUUCAAGAACAACAACCCUCUCAGCAACAGCCUGGAGACCAAGUGUUACAUGACAGAUGUCAAUAGUUGGCUGGUGACGUUUGGCUUCCAGCUGUACAACGUUAUACCAGGCUACCGUAAACCUUCUACUGAUACCAUGGAGCCGUCCUACGAGCUAGUCAGAACACAGAUCAACGCUCAGGAGUGGGACAGCACUAAGUCUAUCCUUGGCGUGCAGUGUGAGGUCCAGAGACAGCUGAAGGCCUUCGUGAGGCUGGAGCGCUUCGGGCAGAUUUAUGGUGCCAGCGCCGCAGGCUGCCCCCAGGCUGCCCCGAAGACCCUCUUCGCCUCUGGAGGAUCCAUCUUCGGCAAGGGUGUGAAAUUCGCCAUCCGCGACGGCCAUAUCAGCACUGACAUCAUCAGCCUGGCCAAUGAGGACGGACGACGCAUGGCGGCGGUUCUCAAUGACGCGUUCUACCUCCAGGACCUCCACUUCACCGUCGACGGCAUGGACACACAUUACUUCAUCAAGCUGGGGUCCGUGGAGGGAGACCUGUCACUCAUCGGGAUGACCGUAGGACGCCGUACCCUGGAGACGGGCGUCAACGUGACUGUGUCUCAGGUCAACGCUGUGCUGAACGGCAGGACUAGGCGCAUCACGGACAUUCUUCUUCAAUACGGCGCUCUGAGCCUCAACACUCGGUACGGUAGUUCCCUGGACGAGGAGAAGGCCAGGGUUCUGGAGUUGGCCAGGCAGAGGGCUGUAGCACAGGCCUGGACCAGGGAACGUCAGAGACUGAGGGAGGGAGAGGAGGGCUCGCGCUCCUGGACGGAGGUAGAGAAGCAACAGCUGCUGGGGUCGGGGAAGGUGGCAGGAUACGACGGGUACUUCGUGGUGUCCGUGGACCAGUUCCCGCAGCUGUCAGACAGCGUCAACAACAUUCACUUCAUGAGGCAGAGCGAGAUGGGCCGAAGGUGACAUGAUCAACAACAGGAACCUGUUUCGCCACUGGAGUGAGAGAUGUCUUAAAGGGAACCCUGUUCCCUAUGUAGUGCACUACUUUAGACCAGCCCUAUGGAACCCUAUUCCCUAUAUAGUGCACUACUUUAGACCAGAGCCCUAUGGAACCCUAUUCCCUAUAUAGUGCACUACUUUUGACCAGGGCCCCUCAGCCUCUGGGAUAGUUCACUAUAUAGAGGAUAGGGGGCCCUUUUGUUCAGACGCAGCAUUGGUGGCCACAAAGUAUAACUAAGGACUUGUUGCCAAAGACAGUUAGAAACAUUGUCAUUUUCUGCUCCUUUGACGUGCGAUUAACAUGAUACACUGAAUCAACUCGUAAAGACAUGGUGUUGCAGCCACUUGGAAAUCAGUUGCUGAACACUGUAUUUUACUGUAGAGUGCUACUUCUCCUUCAGAAAAAGACAUUCAUAAGUCUUUGCUGUUCAAGUGUGGCUGCUAGAGAAAGACAUUCUGCCAUAUCUAUUCUGUCUGUGACUUAUUUUGGCAAUCUGAGGGAGAGGAGAGAGGAGAGAGGAGUAGAGAAAGGGACGGGA